ACGUAACGCUGGUUUUUCCCUGUUUCUCAUUCAAAAUGGUCGCCCACAUAUCGCAAUGAAAUUAAUCUGUCAUUUUCUUGUUAAAACGAGUGUUUGAAAAGGAAAAAAGUGAUGGAAAAGAGCAGCGAUACAAAUUUAAGCAUUGAAGAACGAGUUCACCAACGAAAAGUACUUUUAAAUGUGGAUAUUUCGAAAGAUGAAGGGCAAGAAAAUCGAGAAGCCACAAAAGAACUUACUCCGAUGUACUUAACAAUUGAUCAAGUUUCUCAUCAGUAUAAGGAGGCGUUUAUUCUUUCUGGCUAUCGUAGACCUUAUUCGACAGCACAGGAAUGCUUUUUAAGUUUGUUUGAAUUGCAGAGUAAUGAGAGUUUAAACAUAUGGACGCAUCUAAUACCGCUGUUUGCUUUCAUACUUCGCUUUGCUCGUGUAAUCGCUGGUCUCUCGUUAGCUGAUCCGUACAACUAUCCAUUAAUCUGCUUUGCCUUGUGUAUUUGUUGCUUCUGUUCAAUGAGUUGUGGAGCACAUAUGUUUAAUUGUAUGUCACCACGUCUAAGGGAUAUCUGUUUCUUUUUUGAUUAUGCCGCCAUUGCUACAUAUUGCUUUGGUGCAUCACAAGCUUUCUAUUUCUAUGGUCGACCGGCAUACACCGAAGUGGCGAUUUACAAACACCAUUUGCUGUUCCUAGGAAUCGGUGCGAUGAUCUCUCUAACGGCGAAUUUCCUAUGUUGUGCUUCGAGGCAUAGAUGGCUUAGUAUAAAGUACUUGAUUCGUACAACUCCAUUCGUGUUUGUAUUUCUCUUCAUUAUAUCACCGAUCGUAUGGCGAACCUAUACUUGUGUCGAAGCGACCGAUUGUAAUUUUGACUCACUCACCUAUCACAAAAGACAUACCUUGUUUUACCUCUUUGCUGCCAUUUUUAACAUAACUCGUUUGCCAGAGCGUUUGAAACCAGGUACAUUUGAUUGUUUUGGAAACAGUCACAAUUUUCUGCAUGUUUUCACUGCCUUGGGAGCGUCAGAUGAGUUCUCAGCUAUACACAGCGAUAUGAUAAAUCGUCGUAACAUUUUACAUCAUUUACAAGGACCAACCUUUCUCAACUGUGUGGUUUUUAUGAUAGUUUUUGCCAUCCUAAACAUUGCUGUUGUUCUCUACUUUGCCAGACAACUUAAGCCUGAUAAAGAAGAAAGCAAGUGCGGACUUGCUCAAUAAGUGAUGCUGUUAAUCUUUCGGUGUUUUGACACUUAGAUUGUACAAUUUGAGCAUUUGUUUUAUUAUCUUAUAAGUUAUACUAUGAUACCUUUGAUUUGUAUGAAAGAUUGAAGCAAUUAUUAUUAAAGAGCAGCAGUUUUGUAUUGAAAAAAAAACACUAUAUACACUAUAUUCACUAAUACAGAAUGAAAAAAAGGUUGCGUAUAUUAUUUGGACAACGAUCAAAUAUUAUCUUGAGAUUAAGAGAAAGGUUUUUAUUAAAAAAUAGGUACGCAUGCGUA